GGCGGCCAGGAGGGUUCACUGAAAGAAGGCCGGCGAGCCCUGCUCCCCGCAGCUCCCAACCGGGUUCCGCUUCGGUCCGCGGAUCUGCGGAAGAGAGGCUCGAUCGCAGACACAGGGCGCACGGAGCCGGGCCGCCCCGUCGGGGGAAUCUGCGAGGUCCUCCGGGCUGCGUGUGCCCGCCGUGCCCGGAGCGCGUCCACUGUGUUCACCGAUCCCAUCGGUUCCUGGUCUUCGAGCACUCACGGCGUGCACCAUGAGCGGCGGCGAAGUGGUCUGUUCGGGAUGGCUCCGCAAGUCCCCCCCGGAGAAGAAGUUGAAGCGUUAUGCGUGGAAGAGAAGGUGGUUUGUGCUACGCAGUGGCCGUUUGACCGGAGACCCCGACGUCCUGGAGUAUUACAAAAAUGACCAUGCCAAGAAACCUAUCCGGAUUAUUGAUUUAAACUUAUGUCAACAAGUUGAUGCUGGGUUGACAUUCAACAAAAAGGAGUUUGAAAACAGCUACAUAUUUGACAUCAACACCAUCGACCGGAUUUUCUACUUGGUGGCAGACAGCGAGGAGGACAUGAACAAGUGGGUCCGCUGCAUCUGUGACAUCUGUGGGUUCAAUCCCACGGAAGAAGAUCCCGUGAAGCCACUCGCCAGCUCCUCACAAGCACCGGUUGACUCACCUUUCGCUAUAAAUACAGCGCCAGCCUCCACCCAAGUGGAAGCGUCUUCAGUCACGCUACCUCCUUCUUACCAGCUCAUCAGCCUCCCACCACACCCAGACACUCUAGGCCUCCAGGAUGACCCGCAAGACUACCUCUUGCUGAUCAACUGUCAAAGCAAGAAGCCCGAGCCCACCAGCCAAGGGUCAUCUUUUGUUUCUGAAGAAGGAGAGGAGUACCUCCUACUAGAAGAUUUUGAAAGCAAAGCGAUACCAUUGCAAAGCCGUGUGGACUCUGCAAAGCCCACCUCGUCUGAGACAGACUGCAAUGACAAUGUCCCUUCCCAUAAGACCCCCGCUCCCUCCCAGAGCAAACAUGGAGUGAACGGCUUCUUUCAGCAGCAAAUGAUGUCUGACUGCCUACCCUCCCGCGCUACACCCGUGUCUGUAGACUCCAGCCUCUAUAACCUGCCCAGGAGCUACUCCCAUGACGCGCUGCCAAAGGAAUCUCCGUCAAGUACAGAGGCAGACGGAGAGCUCUAUGUCUUUAAUACCCCGUCCGGGACUUCGAGUGUAGAGUCUCAGAUGAGACAUGUGUCUCUUAGUUACGACAUUCCGCCAACACCCGGGAACACCUACCAGAUUCCACGGACAUUUCCAGAAGGCACACUAGGACAGUCAUCAAAGCUGGACACCAUUCCUGAUAUACCCCCACCUCGGCCACCAAAGCCACAUCCAGCUCAUGACCGGUCUCCUGUGGAAACGUGCGGUGUCCCACGUACAGCCUCAGAUACCGACAGCAGUUACUGUAUCCCUACAGCAGGCGUGCCACCCUCCCGGAGCAAUACCAUCUCCACUGUGGAUUUGAACAAGUUGCGGAAAGAUGCUACUUCUCAAGAUUGCUAUGACAUACCACGGACCUUUCCAAGUGACAGGUCCAGUUCCCUGGAAGGCUUCCAUAACCAGUUUAAAAUCAAAAAUGUAUUGACAGUGGGUGUCUCGGGUGAAGAAGUGGAUGAAAACUAUGUCCCCAUGAACCCCAACUCGCCACCACGGCAACAUUCCAGCAGCUUUACAGAACCAAUUCAGGAGCCAAAUUAUGUGCCGAUGACCCCUGGAACAUUUGAUUUUUCUUUAUUUGGGAUGCAAGUGCCUCCUCCGGCUCACAUGGGCUUCAGGUCCAGCCCAAAGACCCCUCCCAGGAGGCCAGUUCCUGUUGCUGACUGUGAGCCACCCCCAGUGGAUAGAAACCUGAAGCCAGACAGAAAAGGUCAGAGUCCUAAAAUUUUAAGACCCAAACCCCAUGGUUUAGAGCGAACUGAUUCACAAACCAUAGGUGACUUUGCUACAAGAAGAAAGGUCAAGCCAGCACCCUUAGAAAUCAAGCCUCUGUCCGAAUGGGAAGAGCUACAGGCCCCGGUCAGAUCGCCCAUCACCAGGAGCUUCGCUCGUGACUCCUCUAGGUUCCCCCUGUCCCCUCGGCCUGACUCUGUGCACAGUACAACAUCGAGCAGUGACUCUCAUGACAGUGAGGAGAACUAUGUCCCCAUGAAUCCAAACCUGUCCAGCGAAGAUCCGAAUCUCUUUGGCAGCAACAGCCUGGACGGAGGGAGCAGCCCUAUGGUCAAACCCAAGAGAGACAAGCAAGUGGAAUACCUAGACUUAGACCUAGAUUCUGGCAAGUCUACGCCCCCGCGGAAGCAAAAGAGCAGCGGUUCAGGGAGCAGCAUGGCUGACGAGAGAGUGGAUUAUGUCGUGGUGGACCAACAGAAGACUCUUGCCCUGAAGAGCACUAGGGAAGCCUGGACGGAUGGGAGGCAGUCCACAGAAUCUGAAACACCCACCAAGGGCGUGAAGUGAAGAUACCCUCUGGCCACUGCUGACCGAGGAGAGCU